AUGGAGUGCGGCGUCUGUUUAAACUUCAUCCUACUCCUCUUGGGGUCGGGCAUCUCCGGUCCGGAUCUGUCAGCUGGGUCGCCGGCCUCCCUGCACACCUGCUCCCCUCCUCCGGGCCUGCCGGUCGAUGUGAUGCUGGCCAUCGACGGCUCGGGCAGCGUGGGGCCGCACGAGUUCCGCCGGGCGACGGAGCUGCUCUCGGAGCUGGCCCGGCGGCUGACCGACGGGGUGUCCGGAGGACUGAGGGUGGGCCUCCUCCAGGUGGGCGAGCGGCCGGUGUUGGAGCUGCCGCUGGCGGCUGGUACCCUGCCCGGGAAGGCGCUCGACGCACUCCGGGACCUGCGGCAGUCGCUGGGCGACACCAACGCCGCGCAGGCGCUAAAUCUCGCCGCGAAGGAGUUCUCGGAGGCAGGGGCCACCGGAGAGGGGCUGAGGCUGCCCCGCGCCCGGGUGCUGAUCUGGGUGACGGACGGCCUGUCCUCGGAGCCAAUGGCGGUGGCCGGCGGACGGCUGCGGCGGGACGGGGUGCUGGUCUUCGUGGUGAGCACAGGCCGGCGCCGGGCCGGCGACCUCCGGGCGGUGGCCAGCCCGCCCGCCGGGCAGUUCCUCAUCCUGGCCGAGGCCGACGAGCUGCCGGCGGUGGCUGGGCGCAUCUGCCGCACACUGGCCGGGUUACUGGGCCCGGGCCGGCUGGAGUUCGUCCCGGUCGGCCCCCGUGCCGCGGCGCUGACCUGGCCGAAGUUCGCCGUCUCGCAGGACGACGCCUACCUGCUGGAGUUCGCCCCCGAGGGGGGGUCGCCGGGUGAGAGCUACCCCCGGCAGAGCCGCGUUCUCUCCUGGGAUGCCCGCUCCGUCACCGUCAGGGGGCUGCAGCCCGACACCCUCUACCGGUUCCGGCUCAGUGUCCGUGGACGGGGCUGGGGGCAGCUGGAAGCCGAGGGGAGAACCCCCAAAGAGGAGAACGGCCCCAUCGAGCUCUCUCUUUUCCCCCUCUCCCCCCACAGCCUGGGACUCGACUGGACCUCCAACCCGGACGGCGUCACCGGCUACGGGGUCAUCUACGGGCCGCUGGAGGGGCGGGGCGAGGUGCACACUCUCCGGCUCGACCGGACCCAGAAGGGGGUGCUGCUCGAGGGGCUGAGCCCGCAGACCGAGUACCUCGUCACCCUCUCCGCCUUGUACGCCUCGGGGCAGAAGCGGACCUUCGCCUUGCGGGGGCAAACCCUCCCAGAUGGACUGAAUACCACCGGAUUCCAGCUGCCUUGGGUUGCGGGAUCUUCCUAUGCCACCACCCCUGGGUGGACCGCUGACCUUUCCCGGACGCCGCCUCGGCCCGGCGCGCGGGGUUCCGAGCCCCGCGCCGUCACUCCAUCCUCGUCCCCGCCUGCCCCUGCCGGCCUGACACCCGCUCCCGUGGGGCCCGCGGCCAGGACGGGAGGGCCGCCAGACGCGGGGAGCGCGGCGCCCCGGCCGGAGCCCGCAGGCGUUGCUUCUGAAGACGCCCGCCGGGCUGGACGCCCGGCCACCCAGCCACCGGGGAUUGCUGGGCCUACCCGCCCCGUCGAUGAUUCAGGGGCGCAGACAGAUGUUCCAACCCGGCCGGUUGCGCACCCAGAUGUUGGGGCGACUCCAGAAACCAAAACGUUGGCAAUUCCAAAUGUCAGGUCCACGGGAACCCAUCCAGAUGUUGGUGCGACCCAGGAAACCAAAACAUCGGGAAUUCCAGAUGUCGUGUCCACGGGAAUCCAUCCCGAUCUUAGGGCAACUGCAGAAACCAAAACAUCGGGAAUUCCAGAUGUCAUGUCCACGGGAACCAAACCUGAUGUUAGGGCAAACCCAGAGACCAAAACAUCGGGAAUUCCAGAUGUCAUGUCCACGGGAAUCCAUCCAGAUGUUGGGGCGACCCAGGAAACCAAAACAUUGGGAAUUCCAGAUGUCGGAUCCACGGGAACCCAUCCAGAUGUUGGUGCGACCCAGGAAUCCAAAACAUUGGGAACUCCAGAUGUCGUGUCCACGGGAAUCCAUCCAGAUGUUGGGGAAACCCCAGAAUCCAAAACAUUGGGAGUGCCAGAUGUCGGGUCCACGGGAAUCCAUCCAGAUAUUAGGGCGACCAAGGAAACCAAAACAUUGGGAAUUCCAGAUAUCGUGUCCACGGGAAUCCAUCCAGAUGUUAGGGCAAUCCCAGAAACCAAAACAUUGGGAAUUCCAGAUGUCGUGUCCACGGGAAUCCAUCCAGAUGUUGGGGCGACCCAGGAAACAAAAACAUCGGGAAUUCCAGAUAUCGGGUCCACGGGAAUCCAUCCAGAUGUUAGGGCGACCAAGGAAACCAAAACAUUGGGAAUUCCAGAUAUCGUGUCCACCGGAAUCCAUCCAGAUGUUAGGGCAAUCCCAGAAACCAAAACAUUGGGAAUUCCAGAUGUCGUGUCCACGGGAAUCCAACUAGAUGUCAGGGCAACCCCAGAAACCAAAACAUUGGGAAUGCCAGAUGUCGGGUCCACGGGAAUCCAUCCAGAUGUUGGGGCGACCCAGGAAACCAAAACAUUGGGAAUUCCAGAUGUCGGAUCCACGGGAACCCAUCCAGAUGUUGGUGCGACCCAGGAAUCCAAAACAUUGGGAACUCCAGAUGUCGUGUCCACGGGAAUCCAUCCGGAUGUUGGGGAAACCCCAGAAUCCAAAACAUUGGGAGUGCUAGAUGUCGGGUCCACGGGAAUCCAUCCAGAUAUUAGGGCGACCAAGGAAACCAAAACAUUGGGAAUUCCAGAUAUCGUGUCCACGGGAAUCCAUCCAGAUGUUAGGGCAAUCCCAGAAACCAAAACAUUGGGAAUUCCAGAUGUCGUGUCCACGGGAAUCCAACUAGAUGUCAGGGCAACCCCAGAAACCAAAACAUUGGGAAUUCCAGAUAUCGGGUCCAAGGGAACCCAGCCAGAUGUUAGGACGACCCAGGAAACCAAAACAUCUGGAAUUCCAGAUGUCGGGUCCACGGGAAUCCAUCCAGAUGUUGGUGCGACCCAGGAAACCAAAACAUUGGGAUUUCCAGAUGUCGGGUCCACGGGAACACAAGCAGAUGUUGGGGCGACCCCAGAAACCAAAACAUUGGUAUUUCCAGAUGUCGGGUCCACGGGAAUCUAUCCAGAUGUUGGUGCGACCCAGGAAACCAGAACAUUGGGAAUUCCAGAUGUCGGGUCCACAGGAAUACAAGUAGAUGCUGGGGCGACGCAAGAAAUCAAAACAUUGGGAAUUCCAGAUGUCGGGUCCACGGGAACCCAGCCAGAUGUUGGUGCGACCCAGGAAACCAAAACAUUGCGAAUUCCAGAUGUCGCGUCCACGGGAAGCCAUCCAGAUGUUGGGGCGACACAAGAAACCAAAACAUUGGGAAUUGCAGAGGCCGGGUCUACAGAGAGUCGGUCAGAUGCCGGACGUACAGAAGGCCAACCAGCAGAACUUCCAGAGGCGACCACCCAACCAGCCGGGCAACCAGGUGCCGUCUCUCCAGAGGACCGUUCGGAUGUUUCACCGACUCUGCCAGCCGGGCCAACAGACGCGGGUCCGACAGAUCACCACGGACUGGGGAGCCCGGCUGUCGGAUCCACACAAUCCCAGCUAGCGGGGCCUUCAGGGGCCGGAGCUAGCCGACCAGCGGGAGAUCCAGACGUGCUUCCUACCCGGCCCACUGAACGUCCGGGCGUCAGCUCAACAGGCACCCGGCCAGAUGUUGCACACGCAGCAACCCAGCCCGCGCUGCGUCCAGAUGUUCCCACCCAGCCGUCCGGACGUCCAGCUGUUCACCCUGCGGCAACUCACUCUGGCGCCGGCUCUACAGGAACCCGCCCAGAUGUUCCUGUCCAACCGACCGGACACCCCGAUGCUGGAAUAACCCAAGCUGGGUCCAGAGGUGCUCCGUCUACCGGAAUCCACGGAUCGGGAAGUUCGGAUGGCAAGUCCACCGAUGCCCAAAGUUCGGGACAUGCGGAUAUCCGUCCCACGGAGGCACAAGAUUCGGAAAAUCCAGAUGUGAGGUCCACGGCGAGCCAGCCAACUGGGGAAGGCCGACCCGUCCCAACAGGCGCGCCUAUAGAAGUCCAAGGUGUCGGGUCUGCGGUAACCCUCCUGGUGACAUCUCCAACUGUUGGUCCGACCCAACCGGCUGGCCGCCCCGCCGUGGCCACUCCGGAGCCCCAGCCAGCCGCUGGGCCGACCGAGGCGGCGCUGCCAGAGGCUGGGACGGGAGAGGCCCGGAAACUGCGAGUGACCGACGCGGCGCCGAUAGUAGACCGACCAGCGACGCACGCAGACGUCGAACCUGUGCGACGGGUGGAACAUCCAGAUUUUGCGGCUGCGGAGACCCAGCCGGCGACGGCGUCGCACGUCGACCCUACGCGACCGGUGGGACGUCCGAAUUUCGGGUCUACAAAAACACCACUACCCGGGCCUACAGAUAGCCAAGGUGCAGAAGGCCCAUAUGUUGGAUCAACUGAAACUCAAUCAGUAGAGCAUCCAGAUGUUUCUACCCAGCCAGGAGAACGUCCAGAUAUUCGGUCUACGGAAGCUGACCAACGACAUAAUGGGUCCACAGAAUUUGGUCCCACAGCAACGCCAAGGGCGAAUAGUCAAGGUGACGGGCCUAGAGCGCCCCCCAGUCUCAAACCUACCGAAACUCCACCACUGCCCAAAGACGCGUCAACGCCGGGCCAGUCAGUGACGAAGCCAGAUCAUGGGUCGGGGGCAGCCCAAACCUCCGGGCCCGCAGAGGCCCAGCCGUUGCCGAGGGAUGGGCCCGGACAAGCCACCACUCCACGUCUCGGCUCCACGGAAGUGCGUCCAGGAGCUCGGUCCCGGGAGACCCAAACAGUGGCCUCUGCGGAUGCGGGAGGGCCGACCCCGGAGGCCGGGACGGCCGCCCAGCCGACCCCGGCCGGCUUCCCCUGCGACGCGCAACUCGGAGCCGGGACACCGGAGCCCGCAGACCGACGGUCCACGGAACCCCCCAGCGCGGAGGUCCGGCGCGCAGGGACGGAGCCAACGGAGAGCCCAGAUGCUAGGCCCAUCCGGAGAAGGCAAGGCCCGGACGGAGGGCCCACCCAGCGCACGGGGUCUCCGGGUGUUGUAUCCCGGCCGGCCGAAGAUCCAGAUGUGGGAGUCUCCCAGCCAUCGGGAGAUCCAAAAGUCAGGCCCACUGAUCUGGUGGCCAGCUCCAGCCAACCUGCGGGCAAUCCAGAUACUCGGCCCGGCGGAGCCCCACUGCCGGGGCAGCCGGAUGCCGAGACCCGAUCGGCGGAGCAGCGGGCAGCCGGGGGGACUGAGAUCUAUCCAGACGCUGGGGCCACCCAAACGCAGAGUGAGCCCGGGCCCGCCCCCGUCCAAGCAACGAAAGACCCACUCGCCCCGCCACCGGACGAUCCAGGUCUGGGAGCCGCCGGGACCCAGCCGGCGAGCGAUCCAGACGUCGGGCGCCCCGGGACGGUCACUCCGACCAGAGGGCCUCUCGGGUGGCAGGCAAAACGCGCUACCGCCCUUCCACCCUCGCCGUCCCUCGCUCCCUCCCCUCCGACCGGCACGGCCUCCCAGCGCACGGCGCCGCCCCGCCCCUCGGGGCUGCGGUUGACCGAGCUGGCGCCCACCUCCAUGGUGGCGUCGUGGACCCCGUCGCGGGGCCACGGCCGGGUCGAGGGCUACCUGCUGAGGCAGUCCGUGCAGGGCUCGGGCCAGUGGACGGAGGUGUGGCUGCCGCCCCGCAUUCACCGCGUCACCUUCCGACACCUGAAGAGGGGCAGCCGGCAGCAUGUCUGCCUCAGGACCCGCUACGCCCGCGGGGUCAGCCAGUCCGUCUGCGCCAGGGCACGGUUACCGUCAGGAAAGCCCCUAAUCUGGAACGCCUGCUCCCGCUUCUUCCGGCUCUGAGCUCGG